AUGGCUGAAACGCAGGGUAGUUCUCCCAGCGCUCCAACUUCAGAACUUGUUACUGAGGAGGCUGUUGAAUAUGUGUUGGUUGGAGAAAGUGAAGAUGGAGAAAAGCUGGAACUUCCUACUAAUCCACCUGACAAAUCGUUGGGUUUCAGUACAUUAACCCAUGCCUUUCCUGGAGCGCAGGGUUUGAAAUUUAAAAAUCCAGUAACUAAGGCUAGUCGUGCAUUAUUGAUGGAUUCUUCGGGGACCAAAUUUCUUCCUCCUGCUGAUGGGUGGAAGGACAAAACAUUUAUUGUUAUUUAUCCACAACGAAGUUCAAGUGAUCAGAAUACGAAACGGAAGAAGAUGAUGGAUGAGUGUGAAAAGGAUAGCGAUUCGGAAGAUGUAUCGGGGGGACCUGGGGGUCAACUUACUGCCAAGCAAAAACGCAUCGAGGAUCCAAGUGAAAAGAACUGCACCGAUUUGAUUGUGCUUGGUAUACCUUAUACAACCUCGAGCGAAACAUGCAAAGCCUAUUUCGAACUUUUUGGUGAUGUCGUCAUGUUUGAUUUAAAGAAGGAUGCAAGCGGUAACUCGAAAGGUUUUGGUUUUGUUCGCAUGGCUGAUUAUAAUGCUCAGAUACGUGUUUUAGCGAAACAAACGCAUGAAAUAGAUGGUCGUAGGUGUCAAGUGAAAAUUCCGUUGUCGAAGGGUGAGUCUGCCCAAGCUACAGUUUCGCGAAUCUUUGUUGGUCGUUUGCCAGAAAAAUUCACUGUGGAAGAUUUGCGCAAUUUUUUCAACGAGGAAGCAGCCAAGAUUGAUCCAGAAGCUUGUGUUACUGAUGUUUUUAUCCCACGACCAUUUCGAUCUUUCGCAUUCGUUAACUUCUCGUCUUCGCUUGUCGCAAGGACAAUAAUCAAGCUUGGCGAUGUGGUCCUAGACGGUUGUUCUUUGGCUGUAAGCGCUGCCGCUCCAAGAGAGGCUCCAGAUUUCUCACCUCGUUCUCAAAAAUCAGUUUACGGUAUGGGAUCACAUGGAGGUCCGAAUUUUACGCAUAAAGCUGCAUCGCAGCGAUGCGAUGCUUACUCUUUAGACCGAUCUCAGGCAGGUUACUAUGAUGGUUAUAGCGGGAGUCACUGGGACUCUCCAAGGGGGGGUGGCUUUAGAAAUGCUGAAAAACGGUCUUAUUCACCUGCUUAUGGUGCCUCACGUUAUGGUGGUCUAUCUCGUCCUGGAACAAGUCAAGCACUGGCCUCUGGUUUAGAUGCUUUGAAUUUGAACAAGAUGAAUGUAAAGCCUGACGUUGUAGAUGCUGCUUGGCAGGCUUUUUGGAGUACGUUAAAUAAUCAAGUGGGUCCAAAUGGUCAAAAUAAUUCUAAGUGGUGA